CUUUCCAUCGCCGCUCAUCGACAUCAUAUUCAACCGUUUGGACAAAGUUCCUACUUGUGACUGACCGACAAACUUCCUACUCGUGACUGACCGCAAAGAGCACCACAAAAGAAUGCGUCUAGCCGCACUAUUUACCCUGGCGACUGCGACGCUUGCCUCGGCGGCGUCCAUGCCUGGCACUUGGAAGAAGCUGGUUCAUAACCAGUUUGCUUCUAACGCUCAGUUGACAGUUCCUGCAGCUAGCACAAAAACUCUGUCCGAUGACAAAGUCCAAGCUUGGAAUGUGCAUACUCUUGCAGAGUUCCCAAACUACCGCCUUCGCGUGAAGGAGGAAACUAAGCUAUGUGAUCCCAAUGUAAAGCAGUAUGUUGGUUAUGUUGAUGUAACCGGAAAGAGCGACGAUAAGCAUUUCUUCUUUUGGUUCUUUGAAUCCCGUCGCAACCCAGAAAAGGACCCGCUUGUCCUAUGGCUGAACGGCGGUCCUGGCUGCUCAUCGCUCACUGGGCUGCUCAUGGAGCUUGGUCCAUGCCGUGUCAAUCCUGGAGGCAACGGCACGACUCUAAACCCUGAUUCAUGGAACAAUGAAGCCAAUCUUGUCUUUUUGGACCAACCGAUAAACGUGGGGUUCAGUUAUACCGAUGGGGAGCAAGUCAGCAACACUGUAGAUGCUGCCGAGGAUGUUUAUGCGUUUCUGCAGCUCUUCUUGACCACAUACAAGCAAUACGCUAACCUGGACUUCCAUGUGACCGGAGAGUCGUAUGCUGGUCACUAUGUUCCCGCCAUUGGACACAAAAUUGCCGAGGAAAACGAUGCUCUCAAGCGCAAUCGCCUGCUCAAAAAUAGUGAGAAAGUGGAAGUGAACUUGAAGGGACUGGCUAUUGGAAAUGGAUUGACAGAUCCAUUGGUUCAGUACGAGUAUUACGCUGAUAUGGCUGCCGACGAAAAAUAUGGCCCCAUCUUGGAUGACAGGGAUAUCGAGGAGAUGCGAAGCAAGUACCCUACCUGUAAACGCCUUAUUGAAUCCUGCUACAAGUGGAACACAGCUUUCACUUGCGUUCCCGGUGCCAUUUACUGUAAUAAUGCCAUGAUUCAGCCUUUCCAGAAGACUGGGCUGAAUAUUUACGACAUUCGCAAGAAGUGCGACCCAUCCAAUCCUCUGUGUUACUCGAUUCUGACGGAUAUUGAAACUUAUCUCAAUCGUCCUGAUGUCCAAGAUGCUUUGGGCGUGGAUCGCCAGUAUGAAGGUUGCAAGCAGGAUAUCAACAUGAAGUUCAUGAUGGCAGGCGACUGGAUGCGUCCUUUCGUGCGGGACUUGCCGCCUUUGCUCGCGAAGGGCAUUCGUGUCCUCAUCUACGCUGGUGACAGUGACUUCAUCUGCAAUUGGAUCGGGAACAAGGCGUGGUCUAUUGAGUUGGAAUGGGACGGAUCGGCAGGUUUCCAAAAGGCAAAGGAUUUGCCGUGGAUCGCCAAGUCCACUGGCAAACAAGCCGGUGAGUUUAGGACUUACGGCGCUUUGACAUUCUUGAGGAUCUAUGAAGCCGGGCACAUGGUGCCGUAUGAUCAACCCGAGGUAUCAUCGGAAAUGAUUAACAUGUGGAUUGACAAUCGCAAGCAUUGAUUUAAUUGGUCUCAUAAAUAAAUGACCCACCAUCAGGUGGUCCUGUACCCCUGUGGAUUGCGUGAUGCAGGCGUCUUUGUAUUUAUCAAUGCUGUCCUCAUUUCCAAUACCGCCAUUGUGCAUGGUAUUGUGCAUGGUAAAAUCAAGUAGAUACAUUAUCCCCACUUAAUCUCGGUGUAGUGCCUCAGCGGCACUAGCCACCUUUCGUGGUGAUAUGUGCAGAUUGCUGUCGGAAAGUCUUCUUUCCGUUGCAGUGUUCUUUGUCAGUUGAGACAGCAUGAGGUCCCUUCGGAUGUAAUUUAAUAACAUGCAAUAAAAUCAUGCACCUCCUAAUAUAGUGUACCUGUAUUGCGAUGCAAAUGGAG